AAAAAAAAAGAGAAACCCACUGACUCCCGACUCCGACUCCUGUCCCCGAUUCUCCUCCCGAUCUCGCAGGCUCGCCGCCUGCCUCGCCGCACGCCGUCGCCGCCACCGGUUGCCAGGAGGCAAAGAGCCGGCCCUGCCCGCAGCGCCCACCCAGCGCCCCUGCCCGCCCCACCCACCGGUCGCCCACCGCCGCACCGCGGCCUUGCCAGUCGGCGCCCGGCAGCCGCCCAUUCCGCACUCGGCAGCAGUCCUGCCCUGCGGCCGGCGGUGUGCAGUUGCAGCGGCCAGCCAAUUUGAGACCCACCACUGAUCAGCGGCGAUGGCGAUCCGACACUACUGGUCGAUGGCUGUCGCAGCCGUUGGGUUCCGCCUCGUUCUGGUGCUCUUCGGCGGAGACCUCCACCUUGCAUCCCGCCCGGAGGUCUCCACCCCCCUCACGUCCCUCCGCCGCCUGGCAGAAGGUUACUGGCUGAAGCAGGCGUCCAUGUCACCCUAUUCCGGUUCGAUGUAUCAUGGUUCCCCUUUGCUUCUAUCAGUUCUUGGUCCGCUAACCAGCAAAAGGUCAGGUGGACACCAUUCUCAUAUAUAUUGCAGUUUGGUUUUUGUGGCUGUAGAUUUUAUAGCUGCUAUGCUCAUUCGAUCAACUGGGCGUACACUCCAAAUGGCACGUAACAGAAGUUUGAAGUCUCUUGACCUCAGAAAAUCAGUGAACAAUUCUGUGAACGUAAGCGCAGGAGACACUGCUUCUCUAAUAUAUCUGUGGAAUCCUUGGACAAUAAUCACCUGUGUGGGUUCAUGUACAUCACCAAUUGAGAAUUUAAUGGUCGUGAUAAUGUUACAUGGAGCCUGUUCACGUCUUGCGCCGCUUGCUGCAUUUGGAUAUGUUAUGGCAACACACCUUUCUCUUUAUCCUGCAAUUCUCAUUCUACCUGUUGCUCUUUUAUUGGGUUAUGGUCCAGAUACUCCUCCAACUAAAGUAUUUCUUCAAAAAGGCUUGAGUGCCAAUAAAAUUGACAUGUCAGAUAAUGGAAAAGGUACUAGCCAAAAAGGUUUUGGACAAUUCUCAUGGAAACCAAUACUUCACUUCAUAUUGUGGGUGUUUAUCUGGUCAUGUUAUGUGCUGUUAUUGAACAGCAUUAUUCUAAAUAAAGUGGGUGGCCUUCAGGAGAUGUUUGAAAAGACAUAUGGUUUUAUCCUUACAGUGAAAGAUUUAUCACCAAAUAUUGGUGUGUUAUGGUAUUUCUUUGCCGAAGUCUUCGACUUCUUCAGAAGCUUCUUUCUUAUAGUCUUUAAUAUGAACAUCAUUUUUAUGGUCUUGCCAUUGGCUAUCCGUUUGAAGCAUCGGCCGUGCUUCCUUGCCUUUGUUUACACAGCAAUUGUCGCAAUGCUGAAAUCUUAUCCCUCGGCUGGAGAUUCAGCUCUAUAUCUAGGACUUCUAGGCCUAUUCGCCAAUGAAUUAGCGGAGAUGCAGUUCACCUUCUUCUUGUUUUUUGGAUAUAUUGGAGUCUCUCUCCUUAGCCCUGUCAUGCAUAACCUAUGGAUCUGGAGGGGUACUGGUAACGCAAAUUUCUACUUCGCGACUGGUUUAGCUUAUACCUGCCUUCAGGUAACUAUCCCUUUGUGUGAGCACAAUAUUGAAUGUUCCUUAGAAUGCUGACUGAUUGUUCCUUCAGACCGUGUUGGUUGUAGAGACUGUAAGUUCAAUGAUAAAGCAUGACAGGAAACUAAGGCUACUUACAAAAGCCUAACAUCAUUCCUCAGAAGGUCAGCACGUCAGAUUCUUUUCUUGCUGGUUCCCUAUGAUGCGAACUUGCGACCAGUUUGCCGUUCUGGGAUUCUGGGUAGAUGUAGUGGAUGAUGUUUCAUGUCAUGUUGUAUUGUACCUCCCACAUUUGUACAAUAUGGACCAGAUUGCUUAGCCAGGAUUAGAGAAAGAAUAUAGGUUUCUCCCUCGAAGCUAACUAUAGUCGGCACUGAAUUUCUCCAUGGAUCCUUUGAUUACUGCCUUGCCUGAUCUUGGUGAAAUUUAUCCCUGGUAGCCUGUGCAAUCAGCUUGUCAGGUAGCCUUUGGAUGCCUC